AUGGGCACUGCCGAAUCGUCUCAAUCGCCCGAACUCGGUGGUCUCGGCGGUUUUAACGCUCCCUCCUCAUUUCGUAGACAAUCACCUAAUGUUGCCCGCUUAAUUCAUGGUGAAAACUCGCAAAAAAUGGAAUAUGAAUUUCCGAUAUCGGAUGUUAACACUAGUAAUUUAGGACAUUACCGUCAUCAUCAUAAUAGUGGUGGUGGAACUAGUAAUCAUACGAUAAUCGCUGGCAAUAAGAAUUCCCAUCUGUCUCAUCCACAAAUCAAUCACAAUGAUAAAUUUUUAUCUGACAGCAAGAUAUCAGCGAAUGAAACAUCUAGUCUCUGGUCAUCUUUGACAAACUGUUUCGCUUGUCGUACACGUGAUGGAACACCAUCAACAAUGAAUCCUCUACGUGAUAAAGUCCAUGCGAUACGUAUUGUUCGAGCAUCGAAUGAUUUAACACCAGCUGUGUUUGAUUCCCAGUACAAUAUCAUUACGCUUGAACAAUUACGUGAAUGUGACAAUAAUGCAAGUGGAAAUCUGCAUGAUUCAUCAGAUUCGAACAGCCCUGAUAACAUUCGUUCUAGUCAUAGUGGUAAUGGUUCGGUACCAUCGUCUUCAUCCAAAACUGGAAGUAAUCGACGAAUGAAAAAGAAGAAGAAAAAACGAUCGACGUCAGGAACUUAUGCAGUUAAAGCAAUUGCCUCAGAUGAUGACGAUGGCUACGAACGGACGUAA